AGUGGGGGGUCCAACUGUUAUAAUACUCUUUAGGAGUCAAGAAUAUGAUCAUAUUGUAAAGGAAUCCCAAGACUUGCAAUUUCGCAGUAUAUAUAUAUAGCCAACAUUUUUUUUUUUGAAAGAAUAUAUAUAGCCAACAUUUAUCAUAACAUAUUUUAACAUAAAGUUUUUAAGACCAUUGUUUUUAUUUUACUGGAGAAAUAAAGAUAUAAAACUAGUCAAGUCUCUUAAAAAAGUGAACUCAGGGAAAAUUUAAGAAAGAGAUACAUUCCAAUUUCCAACAACGGUGAACAUAUACUUUCGUUUAUUCAGUAUUUAUUUAUAAAAAUAUCAACAAGAUUUAUUUCAAAAUUUGUAAGAUUCAUUUUAAAAGAUAAAGUAUAUAUAAAGCUUUUGUAUUAUUGUAUAUUUUAUCUAUACACGGAGAUGACCAGAUGGGAGAGGGUCCUUCUAACAUCAGUGUCUUUCUAGGGUUAGGGAAGGGCGGCUUUUGUGGAAUUUAAUUAGCCUUUGGAAACUUAUAGUAUUAAUGUAAAGUACAACAAAAAGUAUAUAUAACAUCAUUUUUGAAUACACAAAGAGUAUAUUUCAUUUAAAACUAAUUAAUCAUCACAUUUAUGCUUACAAUUACAAAUUUGCUAUUUUCUCUCUCUCAGUUUCAACUUCUUAAAAUGUAUUACUCCAUGGUCAAAAUCUUCUUCUUUUUUUUGAUAAAUCUUAUCGGCUGAUCCGGUCAACUUCGGGAAGAACACAUUUAGUGCUACAGAGUGGACUCGCUACCACACCAAAAUCUUAAAUAGCAUUAACCAUAUUCGUCACCAGCUUUUAUUUAUUCCCACCGGAAAAACUAACAAGUAUGAUUUGGUAUAUUCAGCAAUGGAGCACUAUGAGAGAUUCAGAACCUCUGUUGAAAAUUACACGCUUAGAUUGUGUCGUAUAAAUAUAUCUUUGAUUUUUUCUAAUAAAUAACAGUUAAACAUUAAAAUUAUGAAUGUAAAGUUGAUUUAUAUUUCAUGAUGAUCGGAACAGACGUUUCUGAUAUUAUAUAUCAACCUUAAAAUAUAUCAAUGGACCAUUUGAAAUCCUUCUUUCAGCUUGGCUAUAUGCCGUCCAUAGAGUGUCGAUUAUAGCAUAUGUUUAAUACUAAAUUAUCCCUUUGUUUUAUAGUUCUCCUAUUAUUUUGGAAAUUGAUACACGAACGGUCCAAAUUAAACCACUGUGCUCUUGUUCAACUUCCACUCACUUACGCUUAUAAAACGAUCUCUCUUUCGAAGUAACUUAAAAACAUAACCCAAAGUCUUGUGGUCUCAACUCUCUUCUCUCGACUCUCAUAACCCUAUAGAAACCAAUACCCCGCACAGAAAAAGGUUAACAUGAAAAUUUCAAUUUAUAUCGUUCUUACCAUUCUCUUCAUUUCGAUGGUAUGUUAUAAAAUACCAUACACUGAGGCAAGGCAGUUGCGAGAAACCGACAGUGCAGAUCGUGAUCAUCAUUUCACAGCCGGUAGCACUGAUGAUUUUGGGCCUACUUAUCCGGGUAAUAGUCCGGGUAUUGGUCAUAAAUUGAAGGAGAAUAAUGAAAUAGUCGACGCGUUUAAAGAUGACUUCAAGCCUAUGACACCAGGACAUAGUCUCGGCUCUGGAUAUGUUGUCAACAAUGGGCCUAAGGCGUAGAAAAUGUUCUAAUAGUUGAGCAAACUUCUUCGUUGAUUUUACUAAAUUAAUAUGUAUUUUAUAUUACUGCAUUAAGUAAGUUUAAUUUAUUGUAUGUAUGUAGUUAUGAUAUGUCAUUUGUAAGUUUGGUUGAUCAAGAGUUACCCUAGUUUAUUAAUAAGGUUAAACUACGUACGAUUUGUGUUUAAUUCA